AUGGGGCAGCAGGAGCUGGACGGAGCCUUCGAGCUGGGGUUCCUGCGCACUCCCAAGGGGCUGCUGCUGGGGGCUGAGCUGGUGCUGUGUGGAGCAGUUGUGGGGCUGCUGGCCCCCCCUGCACCUCCCACACUGGCUCCAGCUCUGCUUCAAGCCCUGGCAGUGGCAGCAGCGCUGGGGGGGCGGCUGCUGAGGAACCCCCCUCGUCUGCCCCACGGCUAUGGGCCCUGCCUGGACCUCCUCCGGGCUGUCAGCGGGACCAUUAUCUUCCUCGUUGUGGCUCUGGUGGCCCUGGCUGCCUCCCGAGAUGCCUUGGCUGCCACCACCUUCACUUUCAGCCUUAUCCUCUCCUUCCUCUUCGCCUUUGACGCCUUUGUCACAUAUCGUGUUGAGGUGGCCCCAGCGGUGGGACAGGACCCUGAUGUGGACUCAGCCUAA